GGCUCAGGAGGUAGAGAGGGUCGCCCACUAAUCACAAGAAGGGUGGUUUGAUCCCUUGCUCCUCUUGGGCAAGAUACUGGACCCUAAAUUGCCGCUGAUGGCUGUGAAUGUGUCAGUGAAUGGGUGAAUAUGACAAGUGUGAUUGAUUGUAAAGCACUUUGAGAGGCUCAAAACGACUAGAAAAGCGAUACAUGGGUGCAGUCCAUUUACCACUUUGGCUCAGACUGAAACAUGUCGUGUAAUUUUAUACAAACAUUCAUGGUCCCACAACGAUGAAGCUGAACUCCUAACCUUUUUUCUUGCACCACCAACUCUUAUAUGAAUCACCAUGAUAUUAUAUAAUAAUAGAUACCCAUCAAGCCUAGAGGAUUAUCCCUUGUGACUUUUCCCUGUCAGUUCAGAUUAGUUUCUGCUUAUCCAGUGAAAUCUCUCAACAUCUACGAUGGAUUGGCACCAAAUUUUGCAAAAACAUUCAUGGUCUCCAGAUGAUGUUUCCUAAUGACUGUGGUGAUCCUUCUUCUAGUGCCACCAUGAGACAUAAGACACCGGAGAAGUGUAAAGUAUGGGUUCUUUGAAUAACUUUGGUAGGUACGUGGUGUUGUGCAGGUUGGAAUAUCUGGUAACCUAUAGGUGAUUCUUUAUAGUUGUUUUUUAGUCUCGGAUAACAACAUGUUGAGGGUCAAGGACUGUUCUUUGUCUCAUACUUUCCAGAAGAUGUUUUUCUGCUGACUGGUUCCUUCCUGUUUGAUCAGAGGAGGCAGAAGUUGCUGACUGGUUCCUACUUGUUUCACUAGAAACUGAGUGGACUUACACAAUAGGAUUCAGACAGGAUGAGCAAUGAGAUUGAGGGAAUAGUUGAGGGGGUUAUUGAGCUACAAAAUGCUGACGAGCUGGGUGGGCAGUAGGAACACCUAGGCCAGGGAGCACAUCCCAUUAAUCAGCGUGAAUCACGGCCAACACAAACGUUCCUGCUUUCGCUCUGUAUGAGGCUGACCUCUAGACUUGACCUCAACAGUCCAUCACACAAGGACACUUGUGAGCUUACCCAGGAGCAGCUGCUCCGGGUUGCUCAAUGGCAUCAUUUCAUCAGAAGAGACAACAGAGUUCCUCUUGUUCCUUGUGUAAUUUUUUGAUUAACUUUUAUGACGAUGAUGUCAUUGCCUAAUCUCGUGUCUCAGUUAAAUAAACCAGAUCAGUGGAGCCACAUCUGUUCUGUCACCACCUGCACCGGCUCAAGUGAAGCCAAAUUGCAGCUCAUUUGGAAGGUGUUGAAAUAUUGUGAUAAUGAGGAUGUGUGUGUGUACGUCUAGGUUAAAGAGCCCCCUUCCUCAGUGAGGUUGAUGUUCCCCAGGCUGCCCACCUCCCCCCCCCUCCACUCUGCUCCGCAGCACAGGGAACAAGGGGUGCUUCCUGGCAUUGUUCUCUGCUAUGUGGAGCCUGUUUUUACCGUUUCUGCACCAUUCCUACCAGCCAUAUGCAAAUUUACACACACGAUCAUGUAAGGUAGUUCACUGAGGAAACUCACUAAUAAUGAGUUAAUGCAAACAACAAAUAAAACUGAAGCUAAGUUAACCUGUAAGAUUCAUGGGAACUUUUUAAUGCUGGAAAAAUCUGAUUUGGGUUUUUACGACCUCUAAACAGAAACCAAAUCGACCCAGUACACACGCUACAGGUGGACCAGGCCCGCAUAUUUUAAAUCCUGUAUUUUAGAGAGCAAGUGAGAUGAACAUGAACAAAACAUGACUCAUGUCCUUCAAAAACAGAAAGACGAGCGUGAAAAAUACUGGAUAAAAACCGGAUUGUCAGUCUCAGGUAACAAACCUUUAGCCACGCUAGCAGCAUGGCUGCAGGGAGGGCAAUGUCAAUCAGUUGGUUCACUACUUUGGUCCAGACUGAAAUAAAUCAACAAGUAUUGGAUGGAUUGCCAUGAAGUUCUGGUUCGUGGUCGGAUGAAUCCUAAUAAUGUUGUUGGCCUCUUCCUUUAGCUCCACCAUCAGGCCAAGUUUCCAGUCAAAUAGCUUAACGUCUUAUGGAGAGAUUGGCACAAAAUUUGUUAACGAUAUUCAUGUUGCUCAGAGGUUGAAUGUGUCGAAACAAUUACUGGAUGAAUUGCAAUGAAGUUUAACACGUUCAUGCUCCAAACCUGGAAUCACUUUGAUGAUGCCAUUAUUUUUUUUUUAAUCUUGCGCCAUCAUCAGGUCGAAAUUUAAAUUUGUCCAGUAAUAGUGAACAUGGUAAACGUUAUACCUGAUAAACAUAAUCAUGUUAGUGUUUAGCUCAAAGCACCUUUAAGCUUUAAACUGUUUUUAUUUCUCCUUUUCUUCCAUAUUAGGCCACAGUGCUUAAAUCCCAGUGUAGUGAAGGUCUGUGUUAAACGUAGAUCCCCCCCCACAUCUGUUUUCCUAGUAAAUUACUUUUUUAAUUUUUUUUAAGUAAAGUGAAAUAGUAACGAAAAGGUUAAAUAGAGGAGAAGUAUUAAAACAGCGGUUAUUAUUAUUAUUAUUUACUAUUAUAAGUCUUAAUGUGUUUAUUCAAGGUUCUCCCAAUAGUAUUGGAUCUAAAUUUUGAGAAACACCUUUAUGUCUGAACACAUUGUUUUCAAACUGCAAUUAACUUUGACUCCGUUUAGUUGUGUGUGGGCGUCCCUGGACUUCUAUACCACUCCCCAUUACCCACUGAGGAUGUCCUGUUAGAACUGUGUGUGUGUGUGUGUGUGUGUGUGUGCGUGUGCGUGUGUGCGUUAAUGAGAAAUGGGAAGGUAGAAAGUCCGGGCUGCUUGAUUACUCAGAUAGCCCUCAACAUUAGAGCUGGAAGGAGUCAUCUGGUUUCUGCAGGCUUCGCACAAAAAAGACUCUCCAGAAGACAACCAGGCCUCAGGAGGGACCUGCCCCUCUUCAUCUCCAGUACACUCAUCAUCACCGCGAGACCAUGAGCACUCCCGAGCAGAACCACUCAAUAGACUUCUUAAAUGGCACACCGUGGUUUGUCUAUGAGUGCACCAUCCAGCUCGAUGCGGACUACCGGCGCAUCGCCCUCUUCUUGGUCUACCUGUUCGUCUUCAUGGUGGGCCUGCUGGAGAACGCACUGGUCGUCUGGGUGAACUGGCGUCGGCGCCACUCUGCCAACGGGGUUCUCUUCUGCGUCAUCAACGUGAGCCUGUCGGACCUGAUGGUGAUCGUGAUCCUGCCGUUCUUCAUAAUGGAGGUGACCAUGGACAGGGUUUGGCUGUGGGGCCGCUUCCUCUGCAAGGUCACCAACCUCAUCUACGUGAUCAACUUCUACAGCAGCACCUUCUUCCUGGCCUUCAUGACCCUGGAGCGCUACCUGUCCCUAACCAGACCCUCGUCUCCGUCCCUGUUCCCUGUGGCGGGCCGGCGGCGCUGGGUGCUCUGCGGAGGCCUGUGGUUGUUCUCCUUUUUCCUGGCUCUGAUGGAGAACGUCCACGUGGAUCUUCUGGAGUGGGACGAGCCCGGCUGUUACAUGGUGCCUGAGUACAACUACACCGAGUGGUACGUCUGCGUGGCUAUCUUCUGCCUGCUCUUCCAGUUCCUGGGCCCUGCCGCUGUCAUCGUCACCUGCAACGUGCUGAUCGCUCGAGCAGUUAGAACAGCUCCAGAUGUGCAGGGCCGGCGGGACGUGUGGCUGGUGCAUGUGUACUCCCUGGUGUUCAUCAUGUGCUGGCUGCCCUACCACAUGGUUAUGUUCCUCAUGAUCAUAGACGACCUCGACCCUCACAUCUUCAGCUGCAACACAAUAGAAGUCCUCUACUUCUCGUUCAGCGUGGUGCAGGGCCUGUCUCUUUUCCACUGUGUUGCCAACCCCAUCCUCUACAACUUCCUCAGCAAGAGCUUCCGCAACAACCUGAUCAACACGGUGGUGACCUGCUUACCCAGAGAAGGGUCUGCGGACCAGGUGGGAUCAGGAAACCAACCCAACGCUCCGAACGGCGGCGGCGGCGGCGGCGGGGACCCGGGAAAGCAGCGAAAGUUUAGCAACGCCAGCACAAGCCAGUCUGAUGUUGGAUCAUAAGAAAGAAGCUGAGAUAAGAAAAGAGUGUAAGCUUCAGGAGUGAGACGUUUGACAGAACCGAAUCACAGUGUUGGUGCCUCAGAAAACCAGAGGCAUGGAUUGUAUCUAUUCACUCUGGUCAUAGACUCAUUGUGCUGUUUGUUGUGCAACAGAUGGGCUCACCAACACCUUCCUCUCAUAAUCCACUUCCUGUUUUUACUUUCAUCAUGUAUCUGAUCACAGUUUUACACAGAGGAAGGCAGGAAAUGUUUGAUGUUCUUUUUUUUUUUUUUUUUUUUUUUACCCUCAAAGCUGCUCAAAUCCCACAGGAACUCACAGCAGCAGCCACUAAAAUUUAAUGGUACACGGGAAGACCAGUGCCACACCAGGAAUGUGUGUAAACAAAUGCUGCUGUCUGUCCAGUGCCAGAUAAGAGCCAUCCUCAUACCCAUAUAAACAUGUGAAAAUGUAACUGAAUAGCCCAUAGCACACACAGAUAAAUUAUAGCUCACAUUUAUCGGUUUCUUAGCUGCUGUAGUCUAACAAAUUCUGUUAAAACACGAUCAAACACUGUCUGUAUCCAUCUGAGCUGCAAAACCUGAGUUGAGUUUUGUACUUUUGUUAUCGUGAUGGAGUAGAGCGAUGGAAAAAGCAUGUUUGGUAGCUUAACGUGUUUGUUUUACUGAGUUUGCUGUUCUUGCACUUGGCUAUCUCCCCUUCUUGCACAUACUGUUGAUCUUCAUCUACUUCCAUCUGGAAUGUGUCACAAUCAACGCUUGAAUGAUAAAGAAGGCAGAAAAAAAGGAAAAGGGGGACUGUCAGUCCACGGAUGGCACAAUGGCAGGAAGAGACGAGGCUUUAAAAAGGGCAAAGGUCACGAGCCCCUGGAAGCAGGAGGUUCACAACACCAGGCAGAUUUCUGCAAGUUCAUCACUGGAAUUCUGAUGAUGGAUGAAUUUUUUUGGUUCAGGACAUUGUAAAAAAGGUCGUCCAAAACAGAUUUUUGAAAAAUCAUUAAAGGUUGAUAACAGUU